GUUUUUUGACGAAAAGUUUUAUUGGAUAAGGUACCACAAAAUUAAGGCUGCCCACCAGCCGUUAACAUCUUAUCAUCUUAAAGUUUAUUGUCCAUUGGGUGGAGUUGUCAUUUUGAUCCAUCGACAAGAACCGCAGUCUACUUUAACAAUAAUUAUUUGCGCUCAAUAUGUCGAUCCGAUAGAGAGCGGCACGCCCAUAUUUAACAUCUGCAGGCGUCAGAUACAGUGGGAGCAGUUCGGACUAGGCCAUUACAUUACCAACCAUGCACGUCUCAUUCAAUUUCUGCCCAUACCCUCGAGUUGUAGAAAAGGGCUUCCACAGGCUCCGACAAUUGACAUAAUUCACUGAUAAAACAGUACAGCUCACCAUAAAACAUGGCUGAUCCAAAUCCACUACUCUCUCAGACUAGCUGGGGGGAGCCCGAGGCUGCGCCGCCACUGACGGAGGGUAAACUAGACCGCCGGCCCUCCCUCGACGACACGAUCGAACACUGUAUUGGAGACUUCGGUUGGACACAGAUACUUCAAGUCACACUUGUCUCUUUCGCGUGGUUCUUCGAUGCGCAGCAGACGUUCAUCAGUAUCUUUACUGAUGCUGAACCCAAAUGGAGCUGUAUCAAUAGUAAUUCUUCAUCAUCAUGCAACGAAAACAGCAAUCCUUGUCAGCUUCCUAGGGAGUCCUGGUCCUGGGACUUUCCAGCGAGCACAUCCAUCAUCUCGGAGUGGUCUUUGGAGUGCGCCGGCGCCAUCAUAACGGGCCUGCCAGCAUCAGCUUUCUUCUCGGGCUGCCUGGUCGGUGGAUUUGCACUCGCCUCAUUAGCGGACUCGGCUCUGGGCAGAAAGAACAUGCUGGUUUUGUCGAGCCUGCUCAUGUCCUUAACCGGCGUGAUAACCGCGGCGUCUACAAACGUCUGGAUGUACGCUGGAGUGCGGUUUAUAGGCGGGUUUGCCCGAGCCACAGUUGGGACAUGUGCUCUGGUUCUGUCCACGGAGCUAGUGGGGAAGAAAUAUAGAGAGAACGUUGGAAUCAUUGGAUUCAUCUGUUUCACUCUGGGUUUUCUAUCUCUACCAGUUAUUGCAUUUUCGCUUCAGGGUUCUUCGUGGAGGCUAAUCUAUCUCUGGACUUGUGUUCCUUCAGUGCUUUACUCAAUCGCAGUGUUUUUUCUUGUUCGAGAGUCCCCUAGAUGGCUGUUCAUCAAGGGUCGAAAAGAGGAAUUUGCUGAAACACUGAGAAGCAUCGCGGCCCCGUCGAACCGGAGCAGCUUAACGCAAAGCUUCUUCGGCAGGUGCGCGGACUGGGGAGAGAAAAAGCAAGAAGCCGACGUUUUCUCCGCCCUGAAGAUCUUGGUGGAGAAAGGCUGGUCUUGCCGGCGGCUCGUGGCGGUUAUGGUGGUGGGAUUUGGCAUUGGCAUUAUUUACUACGGCAUGCCGUUGGGCCUCGGCAACCUGUCAUUUGAUCUUUAUUUGAGCGUCACGCUAAAUGCACUAUCCGAAUUUCCAGCCUCAUUGCUCACGUUUUUACUCAUUGGAAAACUGGACAGAAAGGGUUCGGUUCUGGGAUUGUCCUUAUUUAGCGGAGUAUGCAGUGUGUGUUGUGUGUUGGUCAGAUGGAAAGUACUGCAAAUCAUCCUAGAGCUUAUGUCGUUUUUCAGCGCAUGCACUGCAUUUGACAUCGUUUUGAUCUACACAAUAGAGUUAUUCCCAACGUGUGUGAGGAAUUCGGCGGUGGCCAUGGUGCGGCAGGCGCUGGUGUUGGGCGGGGCUCUCAGCCCUGUUUUGGUGGCCGCCGGCAGGACGAACGGGUUGCUGAUGUCAUAUGGCGUGUUUGGGGUGACAAUUUCGAUAUGUGGGCUUUUUGUUGUAUGCUUGCCAGAAACUAGGGGAAGGGUUUUGUCCGAUACCAUGGAGGAAGAAGAGCGCAAGAAUGCUGCAUUUGAUGGAAUCUACUGUGUGUAAGAACCCAAUUUUCCUUUUCUUGUUUAUUAGAAAAUUGCAAUUUUCGUCAUGGGGCGGCCAUACGAAUUCAUUAUGCAAUUUUAUUCUAUAAUUUUAAAAAAUUUUGCAUUGAGAACAAAAAUUGAUGGAACCUAAUAAAAUGACCAGAAAAGUGCACUAAUUAUCUAAUUAUGGGCAUGUCUUGUGUACUUUUCUGGCCAUUUUUAUUCUCAAUGUGUGAAUUUUUUAAAAUUACAAGAUAAAAUUGUCAAAAUGAAUUCAUAUUAAACUAAAAUUGUCAUUCCAAAUCGAAAAUUGCAAUUUCUCUUCUUUUUUCCUUAAACGUUUUGAUGUUCAUGAAUAAGUAUAUAUUGUAUGGAUGUAAACAGAUCGUUUACACUAGAGUUUUUCAGCUAAUGUAUAAUAUACAUUGUCUGCUUUUUAUUUUAUUAGGCAUGUGGAUGCAGCCGUCUUUGACUUCAA